GGUCAUGUGGCAGCGGCGUUGAGCUACUGGACGAUGAACCGGCUGGUGUUGCUGGCGCUCCUGCUGCGGCUGGCCGGGGCGGAGCUGAGCUCGCGGAUCGUGCGAACCAAGUACGGCGAGCUCUCGGGGGUGAUUGUGUCGCUGGGCCGGAGCCUCGAGAGCGUCGAGGUGUUUCGCGGGGUACCUUACGCCUCGCCGCCCGUGGGCAGUUUGCGCUUCAUGCCACCCGUGAGCUCGGCCAGGUGGCACGGGGUACGGGUGGCCGACAAGUUCGGACCCGUCUGCCCCCAGAAGCUGCCCACCCUCACCGACAGGAUGCCCAAGGGACGCCUCGACUACCUGCGCAGGCUGCUACCUUAUCUCAAGAACCAGAGCGAGGACUGCCUCUACCUCAACGUCUACGCCCCCGUCCAAGCUGGUGCGAGGAGCAGCAGUGGCAAGAAUUACCCGGUGAUCGUCUUCCUGCACGGCGAGAGCUACGAGUGGAAUAGCGGAAAUCCGUACGACGGCAGCGUACUGGCGAGCUACGGUGGACUCGUCGUCGUAACCGUCAACUACAGGCUCGGCAUUUUAGGCUUCCUGAACGUCAACACGGACUCGCACUUACGCUCGCCGGCGAACUACGGCCUCAUGGACCAGAUAGCCGCGCUGCACUGGGUUCAGGAGAACAUAGCCUACUUUGGUGGGGAUCCGAGGAACGUGACCCUCGCGGGCCACGGCACUGGCGCCGCCUGCGUCAAUUUCCUCAUGACCAGCCGAGCCGUGCCCGACGGUCUGCUGUUCCACCGGGGUAUUCUCAUGUCGGGGAGCGCCCUCUCGCCCUGGGCCCUGAUAAGGGGCGCCGCCAAUUACGCGACUCAAGUUGCCAAGAGUCUCAACUGCUCGGUGACGGCGGCAGAUCCGCAGGUGCUGGUCAAUUGCCUGAGGGAGGUGCCGCUGUCGUCGCUGCUGGCGGUGCCGGUGCAGGGCCUCGAGUUCGCCCCGGCCUUUGGGCCCAGCAUAGACGGCGUCAUCAUCGACCCCGGUGAACCCGAGGACUCGGACUACACCCUGCAGGUCGACACGAUCAACACCCUCAACAACAUACUCCUCAGGAAGGACGUCAUCAACAAGCUCUCGAGGUACGACUUGAUGGUGGGCGUGGUGAGGUCGGAGGCUUACUUCUCGCUAACGGCGGACGACGCGCAGUACGGCAUCGAGGCGGACCGGCGCAUGAAGAUACUACGGGAAUUCGUGCGCAACACCUACACGUACCACCAGCCCGAAAUACUCGCCACGAUAAUCAACGAGUACACGGACUGGGAGCGCCCCGUCCAGCAUCCGGUCAAUAUCAGAGACGAAACGCUGGAGGCUCUGGGGGACGCGAACACCGUGGCACCGGCGACCCGCACGGCCGACCUCCACAGCCAGUCCCACCGGAACUCCUACUUCUACGUCUUCGACUACCAGACCAAGUUUGGCGAUUAUCCCCAGCGGCAGGGGUGCAUCCACGGCGAGGAGUUGCCGUACUUCUUUGGAGCCCCGAUUGUUUCGGGCCUCGCGCACUGGACCCGGAACUACACCAGGUCCGAAAUUGGACUCUCCGAGAGCGUCAUCCUCUACUUGGCGAAUUUCGCCAGGACUGGCAAUCCGAACGAGGGGACACCGGAGCCCGGCUCGCCGGCCACGAGGCCGGAACGCACGAAACUGAAAAAUCUCGAGUGGACUGCCUACGAGAACGUGCACAAAACGUACCUCAGCAUAGACGUCAAGUCCAAGCUGAAAAAGUACUACAGAGCCCACAGGCUGUCCUUCUGGCUGAACUUGGUUCCCGACCUGCACAAGCCCGGAUCCGAUGACGUUCCUAGGUCCCACCAUCUCUUGGAUUCCGAGCAGGUGCCACCGCGCUUCAUCCAGAGGCUACCGGCGACCUCGGAGAAGCCAACCCCGAGCCCAGAGUCGACGAGCGAGCGGCCGGCGAACGCGACGUCGGCCAGACCCAACGAGUUGGCCUACGAGGAGACGACGAGCCAGCCGGAGGACGGUUUCGCCGCCUACAGCACCGCCCUCAGCGUGACGAUAGCCAUAGGCUGCAGCCUCCUCAUACUCAAUGUCCUUAUAUUCGCGGGGGUGUACUACCAGCGGGACAAGAACAACCAGCAGCACUACCCCAAGAAGCGCCAGGAGAACGGACAGAUGCCCAACAACAUAUGCGGGGAGCUUGAGGCCAACAGCAAGCCCGGGGAGCACCGGCGCGUCCAGCACGUGCCACCCCCGGUGUUUGCCGAUCCGCCGGCCAACUCGAUGACCUGCCACGUGCCCAUGCCCCCGCCACCGCCGAAGAACCCCAAACCGCCGAUCGGCCAGAUCAUCAGCCCCAACCAGUUGCAACAGGUCGACGCUCUCCCCGGCUCGAGUGGCACCCUCAAGAGGACCCAACACCACCACCACCACCACCAUCACCACCACCACCAACAGCAGCUCACCACCAACGAGGAGCUGCGCGUCUGAGAAAAGGAGCCGCAAGAGUCCGCCUUCUCUUGCGACUUUAUCUAAAUCCGUAUAAAUACAUAUAUAUAUAUAUAUAUAUAUAUAUAUACAUACAGUGCAGUUUUUUGUACGCGCAGAGACUAAUAUACCUGUCAUACUUACAUUACGGUGUAAAACAAAAGUAUUUCAAAAAAAGUGGACGAGCCAUGUGUGACCGGCUCUCCUUUUCGAGGCGAAUGUGUGCGACGUCCGCGCGUUUUCUGAUUUCUUUCUUGCUUUUUUUUUUCGCUAUGUGGAUACGCGAGAUAAACACACGUGCACGAGUUAGUUUUUUUAAAAUAUUUUCUCCGAAACGAACCUCGGUAUAAGGUAUGGUGGAGUGACCGCGGCGUCGGAUACGGAAAUUGUAAAUAAUGUUGUGGUACGUACGUAGGUAUACGUAAUAAAUUACCACCACCACCCCCCAACCCAACCCCGUCGUCCCCCGGGAGACUUUGUACACACAUCCGAGGGCGCUUAUUAAUCGCCGAGCGAUUUUCAUGCGGAUGUGCCCAGUUUUUUUUCCAACGGAAAAAUGUUACGCCGACGCGUGACGGGUAACUGUACUGAUUAGCGCUGUAAAUAUUACU